AUGUCUAAACUAUUCCGUCGUCGCAAGAACAACAACGAUGACCUGGAAUCCAACGCUGGCCGGCGGGCCUCUCGCGCUUCCAGGGGCGGGAGAGCCGCCAGCAUUGUAGACGACAGUCUCGGCGAGUAUCCUGCCCUGGAUCACUACAUCAGCAACUAUCGCGAAGACCGCCGUCGAAGCGCAGCUGAUGAUCGUGAUGGGAAGGUCAAGAAGAAGCAUUGGUGGCAGUUUGGUAGUGGUGUCGAUGCUCAGGAGGAGCCCCCCGCCAAGAAGGGUACUCCUGAUGCUUGGCUUGAGACGGAUCUCACGACUGGUCUUGCGUCGGAUGAAGUUGAAAGACGAAGGCAGAUAACAGGAUGGAACGAGUUGGUUUCUGAGAAGGAGAAUAUGUUUGCCAAGUUUCUUGGUUUCUUUACCGGUCCAAUUCUUUAUGUUAUGGAGGUCGCAGCACUUCUCGCGGUCGGAUUGGGGGAUUGGGUUGACUUUGGAGUCAUCGUCGGUAUUCUUAUGCUUAACGCCUUCGUCGGGUUCUACCAAGAGAAGCAAGCCGCAGAUGUUGUGGCUAGUCUCAAGGGUGAUAUCGCAAUGCGAUGCACAGUCAUACGCGACAGCAACGAACAAGAAAUUCUGGCACGAGAACUCGUCCCAGGAGACAUUCUCAUUGUUCAAGAAGGCGGUACAGUCGCUGCAGAUGCCCGUCUUAUCUGCGACUAUACACGCCCCGAAGACUUUGAACUGUACAAACGCCUCCGAGCCGAAGAUAAACUCGACCGUAGCGAUGAGGAAGAUGAAUUUGCUGAUGGCCCAGACAAAGAACAAGAUCAUGAUACAUCGACAGAACAUGAUGCUCAUCAUCACACUCAUGAGCAAGAGCCACUCGACUAUCGCAGUCGUCCUCUCGCAGCCAUUGAUCAGUCUGCUAUCACUGGCGAGUCACUUGCUGUCGAGAAGUAUCUUGGCGAUAUGGUCUACUAUACCACUGGUUGCAAAAGAGGAAAGGCGUUUGCCCUUGUUCAAACCACUGCUAAAGAGUCUUUCGUGGGCCGUACUGCAGACCUUGUACAGGGAGCCAAGGAUCAAGGCCACUUCAAGGCUAUCAUGAACAACAUUGGAACCUCGCUUCUCGUUCUCGUUAUGUUCUGGAUCCUCAUAGCUUGGAUUGGAGGAUUCUUCCACCACAUUGGAAUGACGGAGCCUGGAUCGCAGAAUCUUCUUCAUUAUGCUCUUGUUCUUCUUAUCAUUGGUGUCCCUGUUGGUCUUCCAGUGGUGACAACCACGACCCUCGCUGUUGGAGCAGCCUAUCUCGCGAAACAAAAGGCCAUUGUUCAAAAGCUUACAGCUAUUGAAUCUCUUGCUGGCGUCGACAUUCUCUGUUCUGACAAGACCGGCACGUUGACUGCAAACAAGCUAUCGAUUCGCGAUCCUUGGCUGGCAGAAGGCCAGGAUGUUAAUUGGAUGAUGGCAGUCGCAGCUCUGGCUUCUAGUCACAAUCUCAGAACGUUAGACCCAAUCGACAAAGUCACCAUCCUUACUCUCAAGCGUUACCCCGAAGCGCGAGAGAUUCUCAAGCAGGGAUGGGUGACUGAGUCGUUCACACCUUUCGACCCUGUCUCUAAGCGCAUCACUGCGGUUUGCCGCCUCGGGAACGACACUUAUUUUUGCGUCAAAGGUGCGCCCAAAGCGGUCCUGAAAUUAGCUUCAGGCUCUGAGGAGGAAAGCCGAAUCUACAAAGAGAAAGCCCAAGACUUUGCUCGAAGAGGUUUCCGUUCGCUUGGUGUUGCUUACAAGAAGAACGAUGGUCCCUGGGUCAUUUUGGGUUUGCUAUCCAUGUUUGAUCCUCCUCGCGAGGACACAGCUCAGACAAUCAUCGAGGCAGGUCAUCUCGGAGUCCCCGUCAAGAUGUUGACUGGAGAUGCAAUUGCAAUUGCAAAAGAAACUUGCAAGAUGCUGUCUCUUGGAACCAAGGUUUACAACUCUGAGAGACUGAUCCAUGGCGGCUUGUCUGGAAGUGUACAGCAUGACUUCGUCGAGCGUGCAGAUGGCUUUGCAGAAGUGUUCCCAGAGCACAAGUACACGGUCGUCGAAAUGCUUCAGCAAAGAGGCCAUCUCACGGCAAUGACUGGUGAUGGUGUUAACGACGCUCCUUCCCUGAAGAAAGCGGAUUGUGGUAUUGCUGUUGAGGGUGCUUCAGAAGCUGCCCAAGCUGCAGCAGAUAUCGUUUUCCUCGCUCCAGGCCUAAGCACAAUUGUCCUGGCAAUCAAGACCGCUCGUCAGAUAUUUCAAAGAAUGAAGGCGUAUAUCCAAUACCGUAUUGCGCUCUGUCUUCACUUGGAGAUCUAUCUCACGCUUUCUAUGGUCGUCAUCAACGAAACCAUCCGAGUCGACCUCAUCGUUUUCCUUGCACUUUUUGCAGACUUGGCAACUGUUGCAGUUGCUUAUGAUAAUGCUCAUUGGGAACCACGACCUGUAGAGUGGCAGCUACCCAAGAUAUGGGUUAUGAGUGUGAUUCUUGGGAUCCUUCUAGCUCUUGCAACUUGGGUAUUGAGAGGCGCUAUGUUCCUGCCGAAUGGAGGUUUCAUUCAGAACUUUGGUUCUAUCCAAGAGAUCCUCUUCCUCGAAGUCGCCCUCACUGAGAACUGGCUCAUCUUCGUCACACGAGGCGGCAAGACCUGGCCAUCAUGGCAACUAGUGUUCGCAAUUCUCGGCGUAGAUAUCCUCGCUACUCUGUUUUGCCUCUUUGGCUGGAUGUCCGGUAGAGGCGAGAUUUCCCACCCCGAGUCGAACUUCAAGCAGAGCAGCAAUGGCUGGGUCGACAUCGUAACUGUUGUGAUCGUCUGGCUUUACUCUUUCGGUGUAACUGUCGUCAUUGCUAUCGUUUACUUUGUUCUCAAUAAGCUGUCUUGGCUGGAUAAUCUCGGUAGGAAGGACCGUAGAAAGAAGGAUACCAAGCUGGAGAACAUCCUCGGUCACUUGCAGAAGCUUGCUAUUGAGCAUGAGGUUGAUGAGAAGACUGGAAAGAGUAGAUUUAUGCUAGCAGAGAAGGUUGCUGAUGAGGAGGAUGAUAUCUAG